AUGGGUCUUAUUCAAAUUUACGGCGGUGUCACCGAACUAAUAACACCCUUAUUAAAAUGUCGUUAUACAUUAUCCACGACGACAACCAUAACAAAUAUAAAAGAAGAAAAGGCGGAGAUUGAAGAAAAUGGUGAUUUAAAAAAACAGUCACCAAACCUUUUCGAGCAGAGUAAAAAUGGCAAAGAAAAUAAUGAAAAAAAACUUGGGGAAUUUAAAAGAACUAAAAUUAUUGAUCCAAGUUAUUUGAAAAUAACAAGUGAAGAACUUUCUAAAUGUCCUACAUUAGAAUUUAUUAACUAUUUUUCCCAAAGAUCUCAUACUUGUGGCGAAUUAAAUAAAUAUUUGAUUGGAAAAAAUAUUACUUUAUGCGGUUGGAUUAGUUCAAAUAAAUUUCCAGGAAGAGCUAUAUUAAAGGAUGGAUAUGGAUUUGUAGAGAUAGUACCUGAAUUAAAGUUGGAAAAUAUUCUGGUUGUACAUGGUGUUGUUUCUAGUCAAAAGGAAAAUAAUCCUAAUACAAAAAAUAAAAACGAAAACAUAGAAGUUUUAGUGCAAUCAUUAACAGUUGUCCAUUCUACUCAAAAUAAUGAUAAUUCAAAAGAAACAAUCAAUGAAAAUAAUAAUAUCAAAUAG